UAAUUUCCAAAGUCAACUCCUUUUUAGUUUUUGUUUUACUUUCUGUUUUUCCAACUUCUGCUCUGAAACUAAACAACACAACAAAAUAAUAAUACGAAUUUGUAUUAUAUAUAUAUAAAGGUUCCAAAUUGGAGAGGAAGAGAAAAGAGCAAAGGAGGAAAACUAAAUAUCAAUCCAAGGAAUGGAGAUUGAAGAAGCGAGUCGUGAGAGUGGGCAUGUUGUGUGCGGAUCAUGGAUCCGUCGCCCGAAGAAGGUUAACUGGGUCGUUAUCGCUAAAGCUUCUAAACGCCGUGGCUCAUCUGUCUCUUCUCCUGCUCUCCUUAACAUCUUCUCUUUCGACCCCGCCACUGCUUCUCUCUCCUCCUCUCCUUUGGCAACGCACACGCUUAAGGAGAGUGAUGGUGAGCCUGUGACUGUUUCAGUGCAUCCUGGUGGAGAUUAUUUUUUCUGCUCAACUUCCAAAGGUGGUUGCAAGUCAUUUGAGAUUGUCGGAGGAGCAACAGGUAUUACGAUCUUAGCCAAAGAACUACUUCCUCUCCAAAAUGCUGGACUACAAAAGUGUAUGGCCUUCAGUUUUGAUGGGUCUAAAUUAGCUGUUGGGGGAGUGGAUGGAUGUCUCAGAAUUUUGGAGUGGCCAAACCUAGGUGUAAUUUUGGAUGAGCCAAAGGCACACAAAUCCAUCCGGGAUAUGGAUUUUAGUCUGGACUCAGAGUUCUUAGCUACAACAUCAACUGAUGGAUCAGCUAGAAUAUGGAAAGCAGAAGAUGGUUUUCCUUUGUCUACUUUGGAACGUAGUGGGGAUGAAAAUAUUGAACUGUGCCGUUUCUCUAAAGAUGGAACUAAACCUUUUUUGUUUUGUGCUGCUCAAAGAGGUGAGACGCCUUUGGUCAAUGUUUAUGACAUUAGUACAUGGAAGAAGCUUGGGUUCAAGAAGCUGUCAAGGAAGACUGCAUCGACAAUGGCAGUGAGCUUGGAUGGGAAAUAUAUAGCUUUGGGCGCCAAAGAUGGAGAUGUAUCUGUUGCUGAAGUAAAGACAAUGGAAAUCUACCACUACAGUAAGAGGCUACAUCUUGGUCAAUCCAUUGCUUCACUAGAGUUCUGCCCUACUGAAAGGGUUAUGCUGACAACUUCAAGCGAAUGGGGUGAGAUGGUGACCAAACUCAAUGUACCAAAGGAGUGGAAAGAGUGGCAGAUUUAUGCAUUGUUGUUUUGCUUGUUCAUGGCAUCAGUCAUUGCUGCAUACUAUUUCUUCGAGAACUCAGAUUCGUUUUGGAAGUUACCAAUGGGAAAAGAUCAAAAACGACCAAAGAUUAGUCUUUUUGGAGAUACAUCCACGCCUUCUGAGGAUCAUAGUAGGUGGAACUUGGACCUAUAGAAUGGUUAUGUAAAUUUAUGAAACCAUACCUCUACUUCAAUUUUUUUUUUGUUUUUUCAAACUUUGUUGCAAUGUUUUCUUUUUAAAUCUUUCCUCGGUCUCAUUUAUUCUGAUUUUACCUUUGACAAUAACAACUCUUCUGAUUCUGAAAUUAAUUUUGUUUUACAA